AUGGCAACCCGUGCCUUACAUCUUGAACUUGUCCGCAAUAAUACCGCUCAUGAGUUUUUACUCGCCUUUCGUCGCUUCAUCGCUAGGAGAGGAACUCCAGAUCUUCUCAUUAGCGAUAAUGCGUCGACAUUCAAGUUAGGGCGAGAUGUUAUCGCUAACGAACUUCUUCGGUUCGCAGACGAUACGGCCGUAACGGACUUUACUACGAAGAACAGCCUCCAUUGGGACUUCAUCACUCCACUUUCACCGUGGAAGGGAGGAUUCUAUGAGAGACUGGUCGGCGUAGUGAAGAACGCUUUGGCCAAAACGGUCCGCACCAAUGUGCCGGACAUUCGUCUUUUCGAGACCCUAAUCGUCGAGAUCGAAGCUACGCUUAACACACGCCCUCUGACGUCGUUAAGCGCUGCAUCCUCCGUGCAGUUUAAUACGCUUCGACCUAUCGACCUUAUUAGUCCUCAUUUUCAUAUAGGACAUUUUACCGCUCACGCACGCGAAUCACCUUUUUUCGUCUACGAUCUUUCUGAUUCGCAGGCGAAAGAGGCGCUUCGCGAGAAUCAUGAUAUGCUGGUUACCGCACUUGACCACUUCUGGAAGCUUUGGCGUGAGGACUACCUUCAGUCACUCGCCCAACGCCAACAGAAACUGGCCAAGAAUUCGAACGGAUCACGGCUACAGCCAGCCGUUGGAGACCUUGUAAUCGUCAAGACGGAAGACACGCCGAGAGCCCAUUGGCCUCUCGCCGUUGUCACACGCCUUCACGUUUCCAAGGACAGCUCCAUCAGGUCCGUCCAAAUUCGUACCGCAAAAAACACCCUCGUGGAUCGCUCGGUUAAUCAUCUUGUUCCUCUUGAGAUCCACGUCCCUGUAGAAACUGUUGUACCAAAAUCCCCUCCGUUACCGCCUAAAAUACAGCCUCCUAGGAAGGCAAAACGAGCAAGACAUUUUUAG